UCUCACAGUUUGAACCCAGAAGCGCCCUGAUAGGCUCGAACUCGGCGGCGGCGCAGCAUCCUGCUCACAUCCUGAGAGCUGCCGGCUGCUCGUCCGCCCACUCAUCGGACAUGAGGCGCAGCUCCGAUGCCCAACUUGACCUGACCUGAUGUAACACGGGGGAGUCGUUUCUGCUUCGCUCAACAAGGUCUCGACUGAUAUCUCCGUUCGUCCUCCCCGGCGCUCAUCCUCUUGCGCGACAGCGGCUCCGACGCGCCGCUUUAGUCCCGACCGGGUAUUAGAGCUGCAGGGGGGGGGGGAGGAGGGAGGGCAGUGGGGACCGGACUCUGUGGACCACGGUCUGUUCACCGGGAGAAAGAGGAGAAACUCGUCCCGAGACGCUGAAGCGACACAACAAAUUGUUUCCCCUGCACCGGGCGCAGAGGAGCGACCGCUGCGCAGUCUUUACGCACAACCAAGGAGAGCUGCUGCCGAGUGUGUGAGUGUGUGUGUGCGUGUUGGAGGGGAUCGACCGUCUGUCACCAACAUGUCAGCAGCAACAGCUUCAAUAGCAGAUGUGUCCAGGACGGCUCAUCCAAACAAGGAUGGCAGGAACAACUCAGUUCAUUCCCAGGCUCAGUGCGCACCCGUGCCUCUCCCGGCCCUGGGCACCCAGAAGAUCAUCCAGGGCAACGGCACCAACGUGGGCACAGUCAUCUCCCUGCAGUGCCCCGAUAAGCACAGGCUGAUUGGUGGCGAUCUGACGUGUGUCAUGGGGCCAAACAGCACCCACUGGGAGGGACAGACCUACUGCAAACCGCUGUCCCCUUACGAGGACUACGGUUUCCGCGUGGCGGUGCUGGCGUCCAUCGUGAGCUCCGCAAUUAUCUUCCUCAUGUCUGCGGCCUUCAUCACCUGCUGUCUACUGGACUGCAUCAAGGAGGACAAAAGAAAGGAGCAGGAGAGAGAGUCCGAUAUGUGGCAGUGGGAGGAGCAGGCCCAGAGUCAGGAGGAGAACAGGUCCCGCUACAGUCAUAAAGGCCGAAACAACAACAACAACAACGCCCAGGAGAAGAUGCUCUGGGACAGCAGUGACCCCGCUGUGAGCGACAGCAGGCGAGCGUGCAGCAGAUGUCAGCAGCAGUACGGCUACAAUCCUGCCUGCGCUUUUGGCCCCACGCCUCCGCUCGCUGCUCUGCCAGGACACGACUAUGACCAGCCCCUUUCGCCCCACGUCCAAGACUGUGAUCCGCCGCGGUACCCCGGGCCUCCUCUGGCUGGAAGUCCAGGCCUGAUCCAGAUCUCUGCGGUGGGGAACGUGGUGUGGCAGUAUGGAGGACAGCGGGACGGCCUGGCACAGGGGAGCACACCUGCUGAGGAUGAACUCAGCGCGAGGAAUAAAAACCCCAAAGAAUUUUCCAUAAGGAUUAUAUCAGUGUGAGUAAAAUCAGUCAGACGUGUGUUUACUGAACAGAUCUGCUCUUCACUCCACUGAUGAGGACGAUGGGAACUGUCAGCAUUUCACCUUAAAUGUACCUGCUGUGCCACUCAGUGUGAGGACUCCAUGGACCUGCUGAUGGACAGACUCUCUGUGCCUUUUGUAAACUGUGAUGGCACACUGCCCUCUGCUGGAGAACAGGAGAAAUUACGUUUUUCAGCACCCCAGCCUGGACUUUUUACACGUGCUGCAAAAUAAAUGUAAUGUUGUGACUAUUAAUAGUUCAAAAUGCAAUGCAGUAGUCUGAGAGGGAUGUCUUAAAAAAUAGUAUAUAAUUAGGAUACUCACAUCUGUUGAAUUACAGCAGAGCUGAAAAAUAUUGAUCAGAAUGUAAAUAAUAAUUUUAAGGAAUCUCAAUAAAUGGAUUUUCUCUUAUUA